AUGUUCCAACUGAAUCAGUUAAUGAACGAACAAAGGUCUUUAAUCGAGUCUAUGAUGAAUCUGUCGCUUACGGGUGCUAAAGUCGAUUCGUCCAACCUGUCUCGCCGUUUGCCAGAGAGCCGAAAUGUGACUCAUCAGCUGAUGGAGCGAGUGCAGGGCUGUUGCCACUUACCGGAAAAUUCAAACCGAUCGAUUUUGAUUGAAAGCGAUCUGACGAAGCUCAAUCCUGACACUAUGAUUCCGUGCCAACAGGUCCAUGCAUUCCUUCUGCCUGAUGGCCUCAUGCUGACGUCGUUUAUGCCACAGAAAAUUGGUCCCCUAAGAUACAAAUUCGAUGCUUUGUUUUCUUUGGAAAAUCUGGCGUAUAUCAACGUAAAGGAUGGCGAGGGGUAUAAGAACGUCUUCAAGUUGCUCGUCUUUCCGGAGCAGCUGUACUUCAGUUGCGAAGACUCACUCACAAAAAAAAAGUGGUCAGACAGCAUCGAGCAUGCCAAAAAACAGAUGCUUCGCCAAGGGUCACUGAUGCGUCAAGCGACGAUAAGGAUGAAAAACGAAAGAAUUCGUCGAUCGUUGCAGAAAUCCACAGACGAUCCAGGUAUUGUUUUAACAAAGUUAAAGAACUGUUGUGAUCGUGUAGAUCAUUAAUG